AUGGAUCCCAAUAAUGGUUCGAUCCCCUCAGCGGAGGAGGUCCUUGCUUCAUAUCAUCUACCCCAAGUGAAGCCGCAAUGGCUAAACUGCAAUUAUGGCAAACAUAUCGUUAAGGGCAAUUUCCUUACCCUUAGUGCUAAGCCUAAGACGGUGGAAAUGGGAGAGUGGAUAGCACAUCAAGUCGUGGACCACUGGCGGAUGCUCAUUACCUUCAUCAAACUCGUCCAUGACCGGGAAGAGGAUGGCAGCUCGAUCUGCAACUCUCGAAAAUGUCCCAAGAUGUCUGCGGGAGCCUCGCACUCCUUCACCUGGUUGAACUCGCGGCUUCAGCCCGUGGAAAUCCCAGCAUACGAAUACCUCAGCCUCGUUCAGCGCUACAUCAGCGGCAAGAUUGACGACAGCAACCUGUUCCCCACCGAUCCUGCGGGCGUCUCCUUCGCUGACAACCCGGCCUUCUGCACCCCCUUGCCCGAGUCGGGCCCGGACUGGAUCGGCAAGCGAAGCGGCUUCCCGCAGAAUUUCAUGGAGACGUGUCAGACCAUCUUCCGGCAAAUGUUCCGCGUCUACGCGCACCUGUACUGGUCACACUUUGACGACAUGUUCUGCCUCAACCUGGAAAAAUCCAUGAACAGCUGCUUCAGCCAUUUCAUCUUGACGGCCACCACGCUCGGCCUGUUGAAGAAGACAGAUCUGGAGCCGAUGCAGCCGCUUAUCGAUCUUUGGGCUGCUUUGGGCACUUUCCCCCAGGGCUGCAAGGCAUAUGAAAUCGCCAAUAUCUCGGUUGGACAUCUUCUUAUCCAGAAGGCGGGCGGUCCACCCUCGAGCUAG